CAAUUGCUCUAAUAUUUGUUCUCAAACUGUUUACUUUUUUCAGAUUUUAAUGAAUAUAUCAAAAUGAUUACAGAAACAAAUAUAUAAUUAUCUACAAAGUUAUUCUAUCCAAAAUGUCUUCCAAAUUUAUACCGAAAUUUCUUCUAAGUUUUUCCCAACAUUUUUGUAAAAAUUCUCGAUUAUCCAUAAAAGGCAAAGCAAUGUGCCAUAUUUAGUUGCUGUCCGCUAUGUGACCUUAAAGAUUGAAGUUGUUGCGUAAUCCAAGUCUUAUCUAAGAGUAACAAUAGAACAUGAUGGCAAUGGCGGCGGCGGUGUCCUUACUAGAAGGGAGCAGAGAUGUGAAACUGCCUGAGGGGUGGGAAGUUAGUGAGGAUGCAGAUGGCAAUGUGUUCUACAUAGAUCACAACAGUAAGACCACUCAGUGGGAUCCACCCGCCCCACAAUUAGUUCAGGACCAAGAAAGUUCUAGAAGGACUUCGGAGACUGACUCGAGGACACUUCACACGUCCUCAUCGGAUACCUCCUCCACAUUGCAUGACUUGUCCUCAUUCGAAACAGAAGAGAGUAGGAAACUGAAGACAACGCAAGCUAACAUGAUACUCAAGUAUCUGCUGGCAGUGCAGCAAGACUUCAGGUCCAAAAAUGAGAUCACUGAGACACUUCAGAAGAGACUGGAACUAGCAGGCACCGAGUCCACUUCCUUGAAGAACCUCCUCACAGCAUGUACAUCCUCCCCAACCACGCCUGAGAAGUGUGCUCUGGCAUCUUCACAAGUGAACAAGGCCAACAGCAGCAGAUGCGAGGAGGAAGAAGUAACAAAAAGUAAAAUGGGCAUCGUGGGCUUCGAUGUGUCCUCACUCACUAAGCAGUAUCUUCAUUCCCAGAAGAGGCUGCAGCUGUUGAAGGAGGAACUGGCCACCAGACGGCUACAGGGCGAGUUGAAGUUCAACCAGUGUAUCGGUCACUUACUUAAGGAGAAAUCGCUGCUAAUGAUGCACAAUAAUGCAUCGACGCAAGCUUCAUCAACUGGUCCGACUGUGUCUUCACUUUCAUAUCCACCUUCAUCAUCAUCAGCAUCUUCUCCUUCUUCUGCAUAUCAUGAUGCUCAUCCACAUCAACUGCACUCUCAGUCUCCUCGGAGGAGAUCCACUCCCACCAAUAGUCCGGCCAACGGCACUGCUCAACUGUUGCAAACAAGACUGUUGGAUGUGGGUGGGGAGAUAGAGGAGCUGCUGGUCCAACUGGCCCCCCUGCAGCCCCACUCGGACCAGGAGAGACUGGGGGUGAUCCAGGAGAAGGAGCAGUUGCUGCAGGAGAUGCUGCAUUGCCACCAGCGACACUUGCUCACCACCACCACCAUCAACAACAACAACAACAGCAGCAGCAGAGGGGACUCCUCGAGGGGGGCUGGAUUGGAUGUGGAUAAGUGGUGGGAGGAGAGUAUAGCCAGACUGAGGGACGAGAUCAGAAGGGAGAAGGAGACAUGCAAUGUGGUCAUGAGUCAGAGGCUGUCUCUACUAGAACAGAAGUAUGAGUUGGAGUCUGAAUAUUCUCUCUUGCUAGAACAACUGGAAAACCUCUCAGUGGACCUAUCCGAAACAGAUCAGACAUCUCAAUUGACGACAUUAAACACAGCCACAGAGCCGUUGCCCGGUAACAGAAGUGCGAAAGUGAGUUUGCCAUCUCAACUAACCAGACCUAUCAUGCCACAAAUGCCUCUGGAUAACUUCGGCAAGCCUUUAUUUGACAAAAACCAGUCAGUUUUUCUCUCCGAUGUAAGUCCUGAUAAAGAAAUUCAGGGUGCACCCCUGUUCCCUUUUUACACCUCAAAACAGGGCAAAGGAGAUCAGAUUGUGUCAAGGUCAUCCUUGCGCGAUAGAAACAUAUCAAGUGUAAGAGAUCAGAGUCCAGUAAGGAUGCCCAGGUCACAGAGUUUCAAGAACGAGUUGUCCUCCUAUGCUUCAACUAGGGCGAUCGAAGUUGCGACGAAGAACAGGGAGAGUAUGUACGAGAACAUAGAAUACUCGCCGCCCACUCCCGGCAGACGCGAAAUAAGACCACCCGAGGAGCACAAUAGAGCCGAGGCACAUUACGAAUCAGUAGUUUACGAAGACGAGCAGAUUCUGAGGUCGUCGCCGAGUAUCCGACAUGAGAGAGACGACAGCGGAGUUGCUGUCUACGAGAACAUUCAUUCGUCGCCGUUCGUUUUGAAUCGUAAGCGAAUGAGAGACCGAGAUGGCGCUUCGUUUUCGGAGCACAGAAAGAACUCGAGUAGCGAGAGCUCUUCUAACCAGCCGAGUUAUCACUCGUUAUCGCUCAAGUGUAAAGUGCUAAUUGAUAUCAAGUUCACGCAUGAUCACCAACUACAUGUGCGUCUGGAGGAGCUGAAAGACUUGACGAUGUUACAGUCAGUUGGUGGAUUGCAGUUCUCGGUGGAGCUAUAUUCUCUGGAUGAUCCGAACUUCUCGCUGUGCCAGUGCUCCAAUUUCCUGGCCAAUACUGACUUCGAGAUGGGCGCGGCUACUCUCAUAGUAAAUGAGUUCAUGGCCUUCGACCUGCCAUACAAUGGCCAUACUGACUCAUGUUUCCUUAGGGUCAUCAUGUUCUGCAGGCCCAGAAUCAUAUCACACAGUCCGCCUGAAAACUUCCUUGCUGAAUUGAACUUGAAUCUGGCCAGUGUGUUGCGGAGCCAGCAGAUGUCCAGGAGCAGAGCACAGCAUGCUCCACAUCAUGGUGGUCAUCCUACCCACGGGCCCCCUAUCUGCAGCACCGCAAGUUGGUACCAGUUGGUGAUGAAUGAGACCAGCAGCAGCCACAGAAUGGACUACUCAUCACUACAAACACCUGACCGCGUGCUGAGACGAACAGCUGCUGAGAGUGGACAGGAUCAGGGGCAACCAAAUUUCAGUUCUAUUGGUAACAUAUACGACACAGUGUGUGUAUCUCCUGAUCAGCUGCGGAGUCCUGUAAAGCAGAGAACUCUAAAUAGUGUCCACAAUAGCAGUAACGAACCUUCCAAUCUGCACCCGCCGCCCUUGGCUAGUGAAGUGCCUCCAGUUGUGGUGGGUCAAUUGAGUCGCCAUUUGGGGGACAGGGGCGGAGGCUAUCCCGCUGUGGCCCACUACUCUGUGAAAAACACCACCAUGGCCAGACUGCAGCCACUCAGCGAGUCACAAUUGAACGUGUACAGUUGCGUUUCCCCAAAUGCUCCUCCCCCGUUCAGCCAAUCAAAUGCGACCUCAUCCCCUUUUGCCCCCAAUGUGAUGCAGCUGGACCCCCUGGUGACCUCGGACGAGGGGUACGAUGAAAGAGCAGUGGACUGUGACAGCACGUCUUCCUUCGGCUCAUCCGAGUAUAACAGGGCAGGCGGGGGCUCGAACUCCUCCAGUCAGGGUUUCAGGCGAUCGGCCACCUUCUGCCAGUCUGCGAGGACCUACUCCUCCUUCAACAGUCACAAGUCGCUAGAUGUCACCUCACAACAGCCGUGCAAGCUGAAUCGCAGUGAGAGUGACAGUGCUACGCAACACUACCUACUCAAACCCCAGAUGCCACCGCCACACAGUGCCAGUGGAGUUUCCUCCCUCUCCCCCUCUCCAACUACCCCCCACCACCCCCACUCACACUUCAAUCUGCCCCACUACAGCACACCCAGUAGUCACACUGCGUCUGCGUCCACAGUCCCACCCAAACCGCCUCUGCCACCAAAUACGCUGGGAAGCAGGUUUAAGCGCAAUGCUGUCGAGAGAAUUCCGUCCAAAAUGAAACACAAAAUGUUCCACGUGUCUGUCGCCAAUUCUCCGCCAAUAAUCACACAGGGAAGUUUCACGGGCAAUUCUAGGUUCCCGGGCAGCUCCUCCCCAGUUGCGGGUUCCCGUCUGUCGCCUCCUUCGUGCUCGCCCUCUGUGGUGACAAAUAUUGCAGCCAAUGUCCGAAGGAAGCUCCACAACAAUAUCAACAAUGGAAGUGGAUGAAAAGUGAGAACAAUGCCCUCAAUCGAUAUCUGAAGAAGGAGUCCAUUGAAGACAGAUUGAGUAGAGAGAAAACUAAGAAAUAGAAGCAGGACUGCCAAGUGGAAUUUUAAUGCGAAUAUACAAAAUUACAAAGUGCUCUUUUUAGAUGAUCAGUCUCCGAAUAUCUUCUGCUCUGCAACAAUUCUAAUCUCCACCUGGGGCUUUCCACUGUCUAUCUUCUCUGCUAUGUAAAUAAAUUAUAAAUAGUAAUGGAAAAGUUGAUGAAAUUUUUAAUGAGCUAUUCAAUUAAUAGCGAGCAACAAAACCAUACGUGAAGCUAGUCGUUGUUUAAUUGCAAUAUUAGUAAUUUUGCAAUAAAGGUGUUUCCUCUACUAAACUAUUCGUUCGACGGAAGCCAACAAUGCUCAUUAACAGAUAGAAAAAAUAUAGAAUAAAAUAACUGUAGAUGACAAUAAUUUGAAAUUACAAAGUAAUUGAUAUUAUUAGCGCAACUGAUGUUCGCAUUGUGAAUUGUACAAUUAGAUAAUGAUGAAAUGGUUCUUCUAAGAAAGCGAAAUAAGCUUUUGUCUCAAGAAUAGUUAAAUUCUUUAUUUUAUCA